AUGCCCACGACAAUACCCGGAUCAUUCAUAAAGGGACCCGUCAAAGGACCCAUAUCGAUGCCCGCAAAUGAAUCCAUCAAUGAAAUCGAAAAUAUUCCUAUUGAGAAAGUAAAGAGAGAGGCUAUAGACAAACGGCGUCAGGAUAGUAACAAUAUAGUGAAAGAGCGCAAGAGAAGGCUUUCUGAGCUUUAUUGCGUGUCCAGAUUACCUUUACUACCGUUAUCCAAUGACCAAAUGUUACAAAUUAAGGAUAUGCUUGCCCUUUUUUUAGAAAAGAAUGAUCUUGAAAAGGGUUACGAGUUUAGUAUCUCGGCGCUGGCGCACGAGAAGAGGGACUUGGUUACCGAGGACGCCGAAAAUGACACAAGGCCUCCGAAGAAGUUACAGAAGACUUUGCCUAUUCAAGCCUCAGAAAUCCUCACUCGGAAACAUAUUGAACUGUCACCGGAUGAGGCACCUACACUUUCCAGUAUGAUACAUAAGUACACAGAGCAACGUGAAGCGGGACGUGCGGACGAAAAGGUGAAACGCGAUUUGGAUUACGAGAAUGUGGAGAUUAAGAAGUUACUAGUUACACUCAUGCCAGAGAGAAAGCCGCAUAAGGUUGCAGCAGCGCGAUCAUUAACGGAGAUGUUCUAUCAUCAACAAACGCUUCAGCUGCCAAAAUUGCUUUUAAGGGCCCGCAAAACGCUUACUUCCGAGUCCUUUGAAACAUCCCUUGUGGAAGGGAAGGUUUCAGUCUUAUAUUCAAGGAUAGAAGAAUUGAAAAGGAAACACAGCUGGUCGUUACGGCAACCAAGAAAAUAUCUAGAACCUUUUUUAAUGAAAGGACGAAAGACCCAUUGGGAUUACUUAUUAAGUGAGAGUAAGUGGCUGGCUACAGAUAUGAAGCAAGAACGAAGGUUUAAGGUGGCACAAUGCUAUUUCGUUUCACAGGCAGUUCAAGAUUACUGGAGUUAUGGUAAGGUGUGCUGUAUUAAAACGAAGCCGAUUGUUUAUUUGAAGGAUGUCGAGAUAGAAUCAAAAGUGACGACAGGUACCGAGGUUCAAGUGGUUUCGAAUGAUGCACAAGGAUAUCCUGCAAAUGGUGUAACUGAAGAUGUUACUAUGACGGACGCUGGUGCAGAUGCUUCUGCAGAUGCUCCGGCGACUGAAGUCCAUCCAGAGGUCGACGAUCAAGGGACAAAAUCAGCAGAAGGUGAGGAUAAAUCCAUCAGGGAGCCUCAAGUAGAUGGAGACUGCGAUAAAGAUGUUUCCACUCACGAAGGUCCCAAAAUAAUAAAUCUAGUGGACAUAGUAGUCGAGGAAGCCACAAAUGUUGAUGGCGACGCAGGGAUCUCUUCGAAAAAGGAAAACGAUGACGAGACAGUAAAGGAGAUUACCAUUAGGGAUGCUCCUAUGGUGUCUUCAGAGCAAGAGCCAAUUGUUAUUGAGGCUGAAAAGGAAGUGGAAAAAUUGAGACAUGAUCCUAUGAUGUCGUACGCUCCCUUAGAAAAGACUGCUCACUUCUUUUUACAUGCUUCCCUGGAUACAUUCACUCCUACUGAAGUUUCAAUUGUGGAACACUUACCUGCUUAUGACCCAUUCUCUGAGAAGGAGCCGGAUCAUAUUGUGGAUAGAGACUUGUAUGGCCAUGUGUCUGCACUUCUUCCACCACCAGAUGAGGAACCCGAGUGGGAAAAAAUUGUAUUUCGACAGCAGGACGAUGCGGACAAGCAUAUUGCAACUUACCAGAAGGCAUUAUUUGGCCCGUACAGGCGGUUCAACGUGCUUAAACCACCCAAACCUCCUUCGAUUCGUAAUAUCGAGCUUCGGAUUCCCACCAUCUGGCUUCCUCAGGAUGACAGGUAUCUCAUUAAAUAUGUGACGGAGUUCUCAUUCAAUUGGGAGAUUAUAUCUGCUCACUUGUCUUCCCAGCCUACACUCCGGUACUUCUCCAAUAUUGAACGCCGCACUCCUUGGCAGUGCUUUGAGAGAUACAUUCAAUUAAAUAACCGUUUCCGCUUCAGUGAUAUGCGCGGAGUUUAUACCAUUGCAGCUAAGGAAUGGCUCGAGGCCGCGCAUAGAGUUCAGGCCACGACACGACGCCGUAUUUCGCCUCUCGGUGUUGGUCAAGAGUCUAUUCAGCGUGGCAACAGGAGGCUUCGUUGGGCCUCCAUGUUAGAGGCGAUUCGCAAGCUCAUGAAGAAACGGGAGAGUAUUCAAAGGCCUGCCCCUCAAGAGAGGAAGCCUGCAGAAAUAGGUUCGUUUGAAACGCCAAGUCCAGAGGAUCUUUCCAAGCUUAAAUGGGAGCGUGACAAGGCAAUUCAACAGGCGUAUGUGGCUGCCAAUCCUAAGGGAUACAAUGAUCGAGUCCGUGCUAAUCCGUCUGUUGGUAAUGGCGUUAGAUCAGCAGUAGCAGCAGCUACCGCAAGUCACAUUGUAACCAAUGGUGUUCAUCAGCAUGACGGGGGAAUGGCUGUAAAUCAGAGACACGGGCAAUCCCGGCCGAUGUCUUUACAGGCUACUGUCUCCGCUGCUUCUGCUGCAGGAUAUACGCCCGAGCAGAUUCAAAGACUUGUUCAAAUUCAGAGACAGCGUCAAAAACAGGCUUUGGCUCAAAGAGUACGUCAAGUAAGAAGCGCGGAUAGUAAUUCUGUUGGUGGCUCCAUGUCCGCUUCUAGUUCUAGAGCGUCUUCUACUGUUCCUACUCCAUUGCAAGGCCAUGCAGGACUCGCCAGACCGCAAACACAACCACCAGCUUCCACGUUUUCAUCCCCAUCCACACCUGCUCCUACCCCGGAACAAGUUCUCGCGGCUGCGGCUGGCCAGCAUGCUGGCCGGGGGUCGCCGGUUGCAUCGAACCUAUCAAUUUCAUCACCUGUGCAUAGAAGUUCCCCUCGUAUAAGUUUUACAACAGCUCAGGUGUCUGCAAUUAUAAGCCAAAUCCAAACCAGAAAUCCCAAUCUUUCGAAGGACCAGGUGUCCCGUCUGGCUGUGGCAUAUCUUGCAAACUACCAGCAGAAGCUCACACAAAGGCAGAAGCAAGGUCAACACGCUCAACAAAUUCAACAAGCUCAACGCUCGAGCAGAUCAUCUCCUAUACCUGCUAUCUCUUCUCCUCGAAAUCAGAAUGUUCCCAUGGGUAAAAGGGCUCCUCGCAAGCAGCUCACGCCGCAACAGUUGGCUAUGCUUGCGGAGAACCCUAAGCUCACCCCUCAGCAACGCCAACAGGUGCAGAUUCUGCAACAGCAGCAGCAGCAACAGAUUCAGAGAAGGCAGCAGCAAGCUAAGGUUUUGCAGCAUACGAAUGACGAUAGCGGCAGUCCCUCUGGAAACGGUUCGCAUCAUACACCUACUCCAGAAGAAAUUCAACUAGCAAUGAACCGACGUCGUACUGUUCGAGACAGUAAUAUGGUGGUUUCAGAAGUAGCUCGUAGCCCACAGAAGUCUUCGACGCCCAGUGGGUCUCCACACUCGGUCGCUGGCGCCAACUUAAAUUUGGAGGUCAUCGAAAACGACCUUUUAAACGCGGACUUCUCAUUUCUUGAAGGUGCAUGGUUAUCAUCAUCACCACACGUUGGAAACGCGUCAUUGUCAAAUGACGAGCCAAACAACACGAUGUAA